UGGGUGUGACGUCACCACCAGCUACAGACUCUCUGGAGCUCCAUGUAUGGUGUUUCUCACUGUCCCUCCCGGAGUCUCAGCAGCGGCAGCCAGCGGUGUCUCCUGCUCGUGGGAAUUAAAAUGAACGUGGAUCAUGAAGUCACACUCCUCGUGAAUGAAAUUCACAGACUUGGCAGCAAAAAUGCAGAUGGAAAAAUCAGCGUCAAAUUCGGUGUCCUGUUCAACGAUGACAAGUGCGCCAACCUCUUCGAGGCACUCGUCGGGACACUGAAAGCAGCCAAGCGAAAGAAGGUCAUCACGUUUCAGGGCGAACUCCUACUGCAAGGAGUUCAUGACAAUGUUGAUGUUAUACUACUGCAGGAAUGAACUGAGAAACUGUCCUUUAGUUAAGUAAGACCAUUUCAGCUUGGAGAGCUCAGUUCUACAGUGAGUACAUACUAGGGUGCAUCAGUUGCCCUCACUUUCAUAAAAUCUGAUGCAUUUUUGUUUGGGCGUUCCUUUUCACCAAUAAAGACAUCCUGUAAAAUUUUUGGACCAUAUUCAAAAGUCUAAUGGUGGCACCAUGAGGUUCAUUUUUUUUUUUGCCAAAAAACGCUUAUUUUAUGUUUUCGCGUAAGGUUUGAAUCACAAUGUUGGACUCCAUUUACUGAUUUCUUGUGAGCCAGAGAUCAUGUUAAGAACCUUUGCAAGGGAUUGAGAAGCAUUAAUGUGAUUCAUAAUACAUUUGUAUUGUUUAAAAGUAGUUGAACAAUGAUUCAGUGAACAGCUAAAACUCAAACUGUGCUUGAUAAUAUAUUUAGAAUAUGUACUAAAAAUGUAUAUCUAAGAUAUUUGGUAUACUCUAUAAGGUGCCAUAAUGUUUCAUGAAAAGUGAUCGAAAUUUUGUCAUAAAAGUCAUAAAAUAGCAGCUUUUUCCAGAACUUUGAGCUCCUGGUGCCACCAUUAAACUUUAGAAUUUUGUCAAAAUAUUUCACCCAGUGGGCGGCACGGUGGUGUAGUGGUUAGCACUGUCGCCUCACAGCAAGAAGGUCCGGGUUCGAGCCCUGUGGCCAGCGAGGGCCUUUCUGUGCGGAGUUUGCAUGUUCUCCCCGUGUCCGCGUGGGUUUCCUCCGGGUGCUCCGGUUUCCCCCACAGUCCAAAGACAU